CCUAAAGCCCGUCGCGCCGCGCGAGGCCCCGCCCAUCACGUACACGUCACGACGUUGGAAGCCCCGCCCUCACACUCGAGCCCCCUGAAGGAACGUCGCGACGCGCAAGGCCCCGCCCACUAAGGAUGACGUCACGACGUCCCAUCACGUGACAGGAAGUCCCGCCCCGCCGGCGCCCCCGCGCGGGCUUCGCGUGUCGCCGCGGUAUGUCCUCCGGCGGCCACCGUGUCGCGGCCAUGGCGUCGUGCUCCGGUGCCGGUCCUCAGGGUUUCGGCCAUCGGAAGGCGCAGGCUUUGGGCAGGGCGGACGGGAGCCGCAAGGGCAGCGUGGACGCGGCGGCGGCGGAGCUGGUCCGCUCCCUCAACCGGCAGCACCGCUUCUGCACCACCAGCUCCUGCGCCGGAAGGAUGCUCCUCGUCGACCGGGACAGUGAUCAUUUUGAAAUACAGAAACAAAACUGCUCCUGGCUUUUGGUGACUCACCAACUCCUUGAAAAAGAUGAUUUGAUUCUAGCUCUGCAGAAGGCUAGUGGCAAUGCAGUGUUGAAAUUUGAACCAUUUGUUCUUCACGUGCUGUGUCGAGAAUUGCAGGAUGCCCAGCUUCUGCACUCUGUGGCCAUAGCGUCUGGAUUCAGGAAUUCCGGAAUUACAGUUGGAAAAAAAGGAAAGAUUAUGAUGGCUGUCCGAAGUACCCACGUUUUGGAAGUUCCACUAUGCCGCAAGGGAAAACUGAUGGUAAGUCAGGAAUAUAUCGACUUCCUGAUACAAAUCGCCAAUGAAAAAAUGGAAGAAAACAAGAGGAGAAUCGAAAGGUUUUAUAAUUGUCUCCAACUGGCUUUGAAAACUGAAGAGACCCCAAAUGACGCAACAGCAGAGAAAACUCCUGUCGUGUAUACCCGCAGGCGAAAAAAAAAUCCAGAAAGAGUGCAGGACAGCCGUGUCUCUGCAGAGAAAGCUGACACGCGGUUAGAAAGCGAUGGCGAUUCAGAAACCAAUCUCGAUUUUUUCCUUGAAAAGUAUUAAUAGAUUGACUAAAACUGUCUU